AAAAAUGAUGGGACUAAAUAUGAGCGCGAAAUUUACAACAUUUUAGAAUCAUCACAAGACACAGAUUCAUGGAUGACGAACGUUAGAAGUGGAAAUGGAGAUAAAGGAGUUGAUACCCUUUCAUAUUACAAAGACAUGUCAUUGAUGAUACAAUGCAAAGAUCAUGCAAAGAAAGUGGGCAUUAAACAUCUGAGAGAAUUGAAUGGAAUAAGGCCCUAUGAUUCCAAUUUGUUGAGAAUAAUGGUUUCGAAAAGCGGUUACACAGCAAACGUAUUGAAAUCCAGGAAAAAAUAUAAAAAUUUAAUGCUUACAGAUGGAAAAAAUUUAAUGCCAGAAGUUAAGAAUUAUUACAAUAAAUACAAAAAAAAUAUCGAAAAAAAAAAUGCGAUAAUGCAUAAGAAAUGCAAGAAGUUAUCUGAAA